AAGUAUUUACACAGUUCAGCAUUGAAAUGUCAUGGAUCUUUACGUUCUUCCAAUUGUGUUGUUGAUGGAAGAUUUGUAGUGAAGAUAUCGGACUUUGGACUCCAAUCGUUUAGUGAUGAUAGUAUUGUGGAAAGCGAAAAGUCUCGAAAGAUGUAUCAAAAACUUUGGGUAGCACCAGAACACCUACGGUAUCCGUCUUUAAUUGAUGGUAGUAGAAAAGGGGAUGUUUACAGUUUUGGGAUUUUAAUGCAAGAGGUCAUAACUAGAUCACCACCGUACAAUUGUUGUAAUGAAGUGAUAGAUACAGUUGAUAUAAUCGCACGAGUUGCGUCAAAAGAAAAACCACCUUAUAGACCUAACUUUGCGUCAGAUGAUUGUCCGAUCAGUUUACAUAAACUGAUGGUGAUGUGUUGGACAGAAGAUCCUGAAAACAGACCAGAAUUUUCUGCUGUUUUAAAACAGAUCCGAAAACAGACGGGUGGUUCAGAAGAUGAUUUAAUUGAUUCCUUAUUACGGCGAAUGGAAAGAUAUACGUUGAACUUAGAGGAUAUAGUAGAGGAGAGAACACAUCAACUUGCUGCAGAGAAAAAACGCUCAGAUGAACUAUUAUACCAAAUAUUACCCCAGUCAGUUGCUAUUGAGCUAAGGCUAGGAAAAUUUGUAACACCAGAAUGGUUUGACUGUGUAACAAUAUAUUUUAGUGAUAUAGUGGGCUUUACAGAAUUGUCAGGCAGUAGUUCCCCAAUGGAGGUAAUAUCUCUACUCAAUGACUUAUAUUCAAAUUUUGACAGCAUUAUAGAAACAUUUGACGUAUAUAAGGUUGAAACGAUAGGAGAUGCAUAUAUGGUAGUUUCAGGACUCCCUAUCAGAAAUGGAAGUGAUCAUGCAGCGGCAAUAUGCAAACUGUCUUUAAAAUUGCUCCAGCAAAUCCAAAACUUCGUAAUACGACAUCGUCCUGACCAAAAACUCCGGUUAAGAAUUGGAAUUCACACAGGUCCAUGUGUUGCUGGAGUUGUUGGAUUGAAGAUGCCUCGAUACUGUUUGUUUGGCGACACAGUAAAUGUUGCAUCCAGAAUGGAAUCAAGUGGUGACGCAUGUAAAAUACAUAUCAGUAACAAUACUAAAGAAAUUCUAGACCGUAUCGGUAGCUUUGAUGUGGAAGAAAGAGGACAGAUUAACAUUAAGGGUAAAGGAGUAAUGACCACUUACUGGUUGAAAGCGGAAAAGAAAACAACGACAGAGUCAUCAAUAAGUAGGACAGACUUGGAUUCAUGAUUAAAGCACUUACUUUUUCGAAUUAAUAUCUUUAAUAUCUUUUUUAAACAUACCGAUAAACCCUGUCUUU